AUGUCUUUCCUUCAUGGUGUUUUAGAUAACAUUAAGCCUAAAUUAGGCUUACAUAGUAGUAAAAUAAAUAAUGCAAUUGAGUCUCUUAAGCUUCAUAAACACUCUGGUAAAGAAGGUUUUAAUGCUGCGAUUAAAGCAGUGGUCAAGGGGGUGAGGGAGUAUAAUGAGGGUGUUGUAAAGUCUAAUAAUGCUGUGAAAAAAAUUGUGACAGAUCUCCAAGACUACACGAAGAAACCAGAACAAGGAGGUAAGUUACUUAAGGACAUUAAUGAUAUUCAGGUUGACGAAGCCAAAAAGGACAAGGGACCGGAGAACGUCUGUAAGCAAGUGGAUGCCAAGCUGGAGGAGUGCAAGAAGGAGGCUCAGAAAUUCACUGAUAGCCUAAACAUUAGUGACACUAAUAACACACAUAAAGAUGCAAUUAAUGAUCUUAAUGAUAGUCUAAAAGUUAAGCUUAAUAAUCUCCGUAGCACGAUAGUGUAUGAAAAUAAGCGCCUCGGGGAGGUGAAGGAGCACGAAGCGCAGGUGUUGCAGGCGACCAUUGCUAAGGUUGAACAAGCUUUAAGAACUUUGAAAACAAGCGUAGAUUGCAACAUACGUGAUCGAGUGACAGUGUUGGUAGCGGAUCUGAGAAAAAGGGUGCAGAAGCUUUUGGAUGCGCUUAUAAAGGCCAAUCAGAGUCUGAAGCAGUACGUCAAAGAGUUGGCGGAGUGGAUCAACAACGCAAAUGAUGCAGUGAACAAGGCAUUGCAACAGGUGGAAGAAAUAAUAAAGAAUGUUGAUUGGAAUGAUAAAAAGAAAUAUCCUCAUCUGAUUGAGGAGGUGGUUAAGCAGGUUGAGAUACAGGUUACAGGGCUUUACAACAAUGGGACAGGAGCAAUUGAGGCUGUAAAAGAUACCGUUAAAACAGCCCUCGAGGCCGUGAAAACGAUGGACGCGCAGCUGAAGAGGGAUUUGCACGGGGUGAGGGAGGCGAUAAAAGGGAAGGUGGAUGCUAUUAAUGUGAAGAUUGGGGAGCUGUAUGGAGUCGUAAAUGAGGGCGAUGCAACGAGAGUGACAGAAAAGACAAUUGAUGCACUUAUCAAGUAUGUUAAAGGAAAGAUAAAGGGAAUUACGGGUGACGGAAAAAAUGGCGAUGGUAUAUUGGGUUUUGUCAGAGGACUUAGGUGGACGUAUGCGACUGGCUUCGAAGUUAGGUUUCAAGGGGCGAUUAAAGACAUGGUGCAGAAAAUUUUUCAGAGUGACGGAACUGUAUCCACAUGUCUCAAUUACGUUACUGGCGCCGACAAAAAAUCAUUGCAACAGAUAAUCGAAGAAAAAAUAAAUGGUCGCGUUACAGGAGUUUCUUCAAAACCUGAAGGUAAGGAUAAUGCUGAAGAUACUCUUAAUAGCAUAAAGAAUUAUGUUCAUGCGGUCGUACAAGCAGUUGAUCCAGAAUCAAAGGCGACUGAAAUAAGCGGAGAAAUUGAAAGUAAAGUUUUAAAUGGCAGAUUUGUGUCCUCAGGCGACAAACGCUUCCUCAGACUAUGUCUCACAACCAUCCUCACCUCCGUGCAUUCCGCCGUUAAGGGCGCAGAACAGGAAUUCGAGAAAUUCGUCCAGCAAUCUGAUAUUAGUAGUUUGAAGACUGCUUCAACUGACGCUGAAGGAUUUGACAAUAACUUAGCACAGGCGCUUGGCGGCACCAACCACGCCAAAGCCGUCGACCUAGCGAUCAAGGCGGUGGGCCAGACGCUCGACGAGCAGCUGCCGGAAGUAAGUAGCUCAGUGAACAUUAAUGGUUCUUCAGGCUUCCUGCAAUACAAAAAUCAAGUCGACCAAUCCACCCUGAACGGUGACAUUAACAGCCUUGCAGGCACCCUUCCAGCCGCGAUCAAGGAGAUCAAGACGCAGGUAAAUGCCGCUUUGACUGGAAUCGACAAUUUCAGUGGGCAAGCUAUACUCAAACUCGGAGAAGUCACCUCUAAUCUUAACAACAUGUGCUAUAAUAUUAGGAAUGCCGCGGAAUCGGAUCCGAAUAGUGCCAAGACAAAAUUGCAGGAGCUGAAAAACCUUAUUAAUAAAGACACAGUAGACAUUAAAGGCAAAAAACAAAAAGGUCUCAACAAAAUCCACAGUGAUCUUAAUAAACUGCAAAAGGAACUGGAAACCGGUCCCCUCAAGGAGGCUCAGAGAUUCAUUGGCCACGCAGACUUCUCCCUCCAAGCUACACUACAGGAACUGGAAAAGGACGUCGGCAAGCAGGUAACAGUGGCUCAAGAAACUCUCACCACGCACGCAAGGAAGCAAUACGUUGAAUCAAUAAAAGCCUUGUUAACUAAAUUUGCUGAGAAAGUUCAGAGCGACUUGGAUCGUUUGCCACAAGCCAUUUCAGAUGACCUGCAACAAGGACACAAAAAGUUCAUGAGUACAUUCGCAGAGUCGCUUGUCAAAAAAGUCAAACAAAUCGGCGACAUUGACACUACGUCCCCUACAAAAGAGAGGCAUCCGCUUGGUAAAGCAGGGGAUAUGUUGAAACCCAUAUUCAAAGAAUUCUUUAAAACAUUGGAAAAACAGAAGGAUUUCACGCCGGCCGCCGCUGAAAUAAGGAAUUCCAAAAAUGCGCUGGCCAAAUUAGUUGGUGGACUUGGCGGGUCAAAACACUUCGACCACACGUUCUCUCAAAAUUUGGAGUCACUUCGCAACGCUGUCACCGCUUUCAAGCCCUCCACAUACGGCGACUCAAAAUGUCCGUUGCUACUUAACGCUCUGAAGAAUGGCUUCUCGGAUUUCGUCGAACAACUUAAGAAUGCCUACGUUUCGACAUAUUCGCAGCAGGAAAUUGACUGGAAUGACGAACACAAUCCCGAAAAGGGGAUGUGCGCGAAAAUCAUGCUCACCGUAACUCCCAUCGUAUGUGACGCGUUAAAAGAGCUAAAAGAUGGAGUUGAAAACGACUGGAAAGAGUAUAAAAUAUAUAAUCCAGAUGCCUCCCACCAGAGCUUACACAGACUCUACUUCCGUGAAAACGGUUACGAUGUUGGCCUUCGCGGAAAUGCAGACAGCGGCGAACUGAAUCAUCACGUUGACUGUACUGGUGGCCGUAUUCUUGGCCAUCUUAAUAAUGACACACAUAAGUUGUUCGUCACUAGUAAGCAGUCACAUAAGGCCAUGCCUUCCGUUCCUGAUGCCAUACCCGUCGAUGAGGUCAAAGAGGGCGGUUUAAUUCCAGAUCUUUUCGCCUACCUUAAAGAUUUCUUCCAUGUCGGCCACUUAGCCACUUCCUUCUCCAAGAGGGCACCAUGCUCUGUGUACGAGCAGUUAGUGUGGCUCACCGGGCUCCCGCACAACCCUGUAUACGUUAAGUUACCUAAACACGUCAGAUCGCUGUUCGAAGUGCCAGAUAAAAACAACCCGUCUGAGAAAAUCUAUAAGCCCAUUGACGCCUCUCCUUCGAAAAUUACAGAUACCUUGACGAUUGAAGCUAUUGAUGAAAUAUGCGGCAAAGCAUACGCCGUGCUGACCACUGUCGUUGGCACCGGCGACGCUGAGUGCGGGUAUGCCUGUGAGUUCCCGAGCAAUUCGUUGGGUCUACAGUAUCCAUCUAAUCCAGCGCAGUGCUUUGAUACGCUCCUCGACGUGCUCCGCCGCCUGUUCCCGCCACUUAAAUUUUUGUUCGCUCAAUGCGGUACGCCGGCGGCUGAACAUGGUUGGUUGCGAUGCGAGUACGGCAGGGAUGUCAAGUCAACCAAAUCGCAAUGCAACGAGCAUACCAAACAGGGGACCAAAGAGCCAACCAAAUGCCUCCCCAAAUCGCCCCUUCAGUCGUAUCUAAGUGACUCUUUAAUCGGACAUCUUCCACAUAAUUUAACAUCUAUCGGCUGCCAAGCGAAAUGCACCACCUGCCCUGGCGGUAAACCAGGAAUGCCUUGUAUAACGCCAUUGGGUUUUAGAGGCUUCUCUGGUUCCACCAAAACAGGGGCCUACUUGUCCUCCGUAAUCGGGGAAUUGCUUGAAAUAAGAAAUAUUUAUUGUUUGUUUGCCCUUUCAGUCAAAACGCCACGGACGCUACCAGAGCACUUCGAAUUUGCGUCCGCUCUUGUUCGUGGAUGGCAUGAUGGCAAAACGUAUCAUAAGGUUUACUUCCAAAAAUCCUUCGAAGACUCGGCCAGCAAACUAUCCAUUAAUCUGUACGAACAGCCUGCCAAACUUACAGAUGCGCUUCGUGAUGUCUACGGUUCUGAAUCUGUUAGUCAUUCUAGCUGCGAACAUCAUCACUUGAUGCAUCUCACAUCUUUCGGUGUAUGUAACAAAACUAAGCAGUGCGCUCCGUAUCUGUCAUCACUCUGCGGAGGUUACUACACGUGUCUACCAUUUAAGAAUUCUAGCACGUACUUAUCAUGGGCCAUUUACCUCCCAUGGACAUUCUGGGAUUUACUCAACAAUUUAUAUAAUGCCUUUUGCCAAAUCACUUGUGCAGAUUGGGGAUGCCGUGGAUGUCUCAGAGGAGACAAGUGCAAGCGAGGCAAGCAUGGUGUUGUUGAGGAUGAUAAGCAAGAUGAUGACACAUGUCAGUGUGAAUCCAUAGUAUCCUGCAGAGGCGUGGCACCGACGCUCUACCAGUAUGGAUUCAGCUUCGGCGAGGCGUCGACGUUGAAUAGUGGUAGCACAGUGAAGAAGUGUAAGGAUUUCUGCAGCCAAUUACACAAGGUGUUACAUUCUGAUUAUUUUGAUAAGCUUUUCAAGGAGUGCGAUGAAUUUUUGAAACAAAUCAGAUUCCCAUUCAUGACUUUGUUACUAGCCCUCUGGUCGCUGUCGCUCCUGUACCUGCUGCACAUCACCGUCGUCCGCCUCGACGUCCUGAGGAUACGCUCCCACCUGAGAUCACCCUCAUCGCACCGCAUCGCCGCGCAGUCCCUCCUCGCCGCCUCACGCGUCAAGGCACUCGCCAACGUCAAGCAGACUACGCUUAAUGAGCUUAAAGAAAAACUUAAAGAUUUUAUUGGCGAUGAAAAUUGUAAAAACCUAUUAACAAAUCUCACUGAAGGCUUAGAAAAAUUCCUUGGUUACAAUGAACAUUCCAAAGGCUACGACGGCACUGGCAUCGUGUACUCCGACCUCGACAGGCUCUGCGACGGGGUGAUGGCGUUUAUCCUCCAAUGUCUUCAAGGCAGUAAAACGCUUUUACAUCAUUAUUAUCCUCAGAUUAUUGACACUAUAAGAGAUUUAGAGAGUAAAAUAGGUAAGGGCCUUGGUGUUCAGGGAUUUCGCGAUGCCAUUGGGAGAGUGCGUCAGGGGCUGGAGAGGUAUGAGGAGAAAUUAGGGGAUAAAUGUAAGAAGGUUGUAGAGGAUGUGACAGCCAUACAGAGCAAUUUCACAAUUUUAAGAGAGUAUUUAGACAAUGUUAAUACUGAAAAUUUGCAGGUUCAAUUGCAAGAGGUACAAAAAUAUGCAAGACUCUACUGGGUGAAGGCUUCGUUGGCGGAAGAGGCCAGCAAGGCUUUGGAUCCCGCGCUUUCAGGUAUGUUAGAUAAGCAUGUGAACCUGGUUGUACAGGCGGCGGACGGGUUCAAGAGGAGUGCGGAGGAUCAGGGAGUGAAUGCAGCGGCAGAAGCGGUGGACAGGGAGUUGAAGACGAAGAAAAGGAAUAUUGACGCGGCGAUAGAACAAGGCAUUGCAGAUGUGCAAGGGACGUUAAAUAGUGGGUUUGAGGGAAUUAAACAAAAACUUGAAAACUUGUAUCAAAAGAAAGAUGAGCAAUUCACGUCGGUCAAUAAAGAAAUUGAGGAGGCGAAGGCGUUGGUCAGUGAGCUGCUUGGUGAAAAUGAUAAAAACUUUAAUGAAAAAUACACUGUUGUUGUUUGUGAGAAAUUUGAACACCUUAAAGAAAAAGCCGCGGCGCUGAAAGUUGAUCCAAGCCCAGGAACGCAGUGCCAACUUGAAAAGGACCUGGAAGAGGUUAAAGCGGCGGUUGAAGAGAUUGAAGGGGUAUACCAGGGGAAAUUGAUAGAGGUUAAAGCGGCAGUUGACCUAAUGGUAGAUAGUGCAGUGGGACAUCUUGAAGAUGUUGAUACUGCGGUUAAAAAGGGGUUGCAACAUGUUCGUACGCAAAUUAAUAUACAGCUGGAUGGAUUCCUCAAACAGAUGUGGAUUGCGGUGGAAUUGGGUGUGCAGAUGGCUGCGACUAGUGACACUUAUUCACCCACUAAAGGUGUUACGGGUUUGGAAACAGGUUUUCAAACUGCUAAGUUGAAUGACUUAGAAACCAGAUUUAGAGUGGUGGCUCAUGAUAAUCCUGAACUUGCCAAAAAAAUUAACAGUGUGCUAAAAAAUCUGAACGCUGUGAAAACUGAUAAAAGUGCCACCCUAUCUGGUGACGUUUUAUUCGAGCAACUGGGUAGAGAUAUAAAGACUGCCUUAGAAAAUCAACUUAAGGACGUUAUCAAAGAAGAGUUGGGGGCCAUAAAGCUUGAUGAGCUCAUGAGCGCCUAUUAUAAGGAGACUAUGGAAGACGCUAGUGGCCAAGGGGCGCUCAGGGGCCUGAUCGAGGAUAUUAAGGAGCAGUUUGGUGACGGGAUUAGCAGUAAUGGUAGAGGAGGCGGGACUGUGAAUACAGACGAGAUAGACGGUUAUAAGUACGUCGAAGCUGGGGACGAAGAUAGCGGCGACGGUGCCAGGCCUAAGUACGAUUGGGCCAUUAAGCACGUGUUGGAUAAUAUCAACAAUCUUGAAUCCCUCCCUGGUGCUAUUGAAGAUGCUAGGAAAGCGACGGAAAAGAUCAUGGAGGUGCUGAAGAACGAAAUAAAGGGAAUUCAAACAAGGAUUGACAAAGUUGAGGAAGUUGUUCAGACUGCCGAGUAUCAGUUGACAGAAGAUAUUAACAAUAUUAGCAUGGCCUAUAACGACGCCGAACAAAAAUCCAGACAUACCAUCAACCAACUGAAUAACCAACUAACUAAUGUGGUUCGUGAAGCCUUCUCCACCCUCACCCACCAAGUCCGCUCCCUCUUCGCAAAGCAGAAGCAGGCCGAGCUCACGCAGCUGCAGGGCGUAGUCACGGCGCAGUUGGCGAGGAUAGAUGAGAUUAUCAGGGAGGAUAAAGCAACAGGGGUGAAGGGUUUUUUCAAGGAAAUGAACAGUUUGCUUGAAGAUCAAUUUCAGAGGUCUUCGCUCAGUGAUGGUAUGAAACUAUCGGAGUUGGCUGUAAAAGCUGUAGUUUAUUUCGAGGGUCUGUUUGAAUAUCUAGAUGAAGAAUUCACACCAAGGCGUCCCAAGGCUCCACGUCAGGGGCCUGGGACUCAGAAUCACGACCCUCACGCCGCUAUGGUUGAGAACAUCAGAACUGCGCUCAACGCCUUGCUUGCCCAUCUUUGCAAAACUACAGGUAAAGCGUAUAAUUUCGAUUACACUUUCAGCAAGAAUCUAGAUGCUCUACUGAAGUCUGUCGCCGACUUAAGCGCCGAGAAAUUCGGAGAGGGCAAGCAUGCCGAUUUGCUCAAUCUCCUUAAAGACGGCGUGAAUGACUUCGGUAGGCAGCUAGAGGACGCUUACGUUAAUAGAUAUGCCGAAAGAGUAUGGUCGGAAAAUGAUUCGACGAAAUAUGCAAAAGUGUGUCUCACCACAUUCCCUAUGCUUCUUACCGGCCUAAAAGAGCUCAAAGAGAAUAUUGAAAAAUCGGGGAAUUCCUGGAGGCGGUAUGCAAUCUAUAAUUCCAGGCAGCCGCAGUCCUCCCUAUAUGGCGUCUUCCUUAGAGACAACGGUUACGAUGUUGGCCGUGAUGAAUACAUACAACGUGGAGAAUUGAAUUACAAAACAGGGUUCAACGGCGGUAAUAUUCUUCAGCACCUCACUAGCGCAAACCAUGUGCUUUUUAGUCCAUCUGCUAAUAGCCUCUCCGGCCUUACCGGGUCUACCGGUGAUGACGAUGAUGCUGACCUGCCAAUAGAGGUAGUUAACGAGGAGGGUAUACUUCCUCAGCUUCACAGCUACCUUAAACCAUAUGCCGAGACAUGUCAUCUCUCUACUUUCUCCUCCAAGAAGUCACCCUGUAGCAUAUACGAAAUGCUACUUUGGCUGACAGGUCUGCAGUUCAAUUCCGUGUAUGAAUCACUUAUAGACCACAUUCACAGCCUGUUUCUGGUGGAUGACGACUCACAGCCGCCUCAAAAAAUACUUAAGCCGAUAGACGCGUAUCCUAAGUCAUUUUUGCCUAACGAUGUUAAUUACGCACUUGAUCACAUUUGUUCACAUUCGUACGCCGUCCUCACCGCCCUCAUAGGGACGGGGGACGCAUACACGAACUACGCUUGCGACUUUUCAUGCAAUCACAUAGGUCUACAUUAUCCUACCUCUGGGGAAAAUUGUCUCAGCACGCUUCUUGACAUACUGCGUAGAUUGUUCCCUACAUUGAGAUUCAUAAAUAGCCAGUGUCGCCUCACCACUCAGCACGGGGGAUGGGAACAAUGUCUCUACGGCAAAGAUGCCUCUAUGGCCAAAUCGCCGUGUAGUGAUCACUCAAACAGUCAACCAAAUUUCCAACCAAAUGGUCAGGCAAACGCCGAACCAAAUUGUCAACCUAUGUGCCGACCAACGUCUCCACUAAUGAGCUACCUAAACGACUGCCUGCCGGGCCACUUGCCACACCAGUUAAGCAGUGUUGGAUGCCGAUCGGUAUGUCAAACAUGUCCUGGCAGCAAACCCGGAAUGCCAUGUUUAACACCUCUCGGUUUCCGGGCGUUUUCUGGAUCUACGAAGACAGGUAAGGAGCUGUGUGAUGUGCUUACCAAAUUUUUCGAUGACGUCUUCGUUACAGCCCUUCUCUGUCUCGCUCCCAAACCUCCGGCUACGCUAUCAGAGCACUUUGGUUUUGUUGAAUCUCUCGUCAGGCAUUGGCAUUAUGAUUUAACGUUUAACCAUAAACCAGUUAAUAAGCCCACUUCGCAAGUGUCCGUUGAAUCAUCAAUCAAAAAGGUUUCCAUUAAUCUGUACGGUGACGCAACUAACCUAACCAAAACAUUUAUCGAUGCAUAUGGAUCCACCUCUGCUAGUCACGUAUUAUGCAAACAUCCGCAUCUAUCGAAUAUAACAAAAUCGGAGCCCUGUUACAGACUAAAGCGGCACUGUGCUCCAUACCUAACUACCCUGUGCCACGACUUCUACAGCUACAUCGGCAAUAAGAAUUCAAACCUAUAUCUAUCCUGGGCAGUAUAUACUCCAUGGAAAUUUUGGGAAUAUCUUAACAAUCUACUCCAGGCAUUCAACGGUAUUUUAUGCAAGGACUGGGGCUGCCGCAAGUGUCUUAAUAACGCCAAUUGUAAAAACGGCGAGCACGGCAAAACUACCAUUUCCUGCCAGUGUUCAUCCCUAGUAAAAUGCAAGGGAGUCUCGCCCACAUUAUACAAAUACGGAUUUAUAUUUGGCGACGCUGCAAGCUUGAAUUCACUGGAUAGCCGCAAGAGCUGCUUCAGAUUUGCAGAACAGUUAGGUAAAAUUAUUCAUUCACAAUAUUUCAAAAACCUAUUCGAGGAGUGCGACAAAUUCCUUUAUAUUAUCAGAUCACCAUUCAUGAAUACGUUGUUAGCCCUCUGGUCGCUGUCGCUCCUGUACCUGCUGCACAUCGCCGUCGUCCGCCUCGACGUCCUCCGCAUACGCUCCCACCUUAGAUCACCCGCAAGCCACCGCAUCGCCGCACAGUCCCUCCUCGCCGCCGCACGCGUCAGGGCACUCGCCAACGUCAAGUACUUCUCACCAUAA